AUGGAAAUAGAAAAACGUGUAUUACAACAAUCACCUACAGACCUAUUAAAAUGCUAUCGUGAUUUAAGCUUAAAUCCUCCACUUCCUCUUCAGCAUCAUCAAGAUAUCAGUGAAGUAGAAGCACUGACGAAAAUUGAUAAUAUGGCAAAUAAUGAUAAUGAUGAUAGUGUUGAUAGUGAUAAUUAUAGUGAUAACGACAUUGGCAUAAGGCAUUUGCUUUUGAAAAAAGCAAAAAAAACCGAAAAGGAUGAUGAUAAUGAUGAUGCAAAGUUAUCAAGUGUUACCUUUAAACAACAUUUUGCUGAUUUUGAUGAUGAGCAGAAGGAGCAGGCAACUACGACAACAAUUAUGUCAGAUUUGGAUUUUCCAGAAUUUCCAUCAUUUCAACGUCACCUCCCCAUUGUACCAGUCGAAAUCUCGAGACAAAGUCAUACUUUUGUUGCAUGCAAAUCAGUUCAGGAUUCGGCAAAUAGCGAUGUCAAUUCAAAUUCGAUAAACAGUAUUCAGGAAAGCAUUCCAGAAGUGGAGGAAGAAAGUUCAGAGAGUUUAGGAGGGAAAACAAAACAUUUGAUAUCUUCAGUCUAUUCCUCUUCCGCUGUUCGACAGCAGCAUCGACGAUCGGUAACACUUACAACUACACCAUCAUUGGUUUUGCAAACUUCAAAAAUCCUUGAUCCGAUAAUUCCUUUCGGUGGUGAUGAUCUAGAAAUACAUUAUAAUGAUCGUGAUAAUGAUACUAAUAAUUUCGGUAGUCAGGACAGAACACUGAAUGAGAAAAGACCACGAAUUGAACGACCACGAGCUCGAUAUCCAAAUUCGACACGACGUACAUCUGCGCCCGCAUGUUUCUGGUCUUCUGCUUCAUUAUUUCCAGACCAGCAACCAAAGUCAGCAUCGUCAUCGUUGCACGAUAGUUUAGUCUUACUUCAGAAAUUGUUAGCUAAACAACGAAUUAUGCAAGAAAAUGUAGAAGCAUUCAAUUUCGAUCAUUCUGGUAGUAUUCCUAAUGCUAAUAAUGAUAUUGCUGUUGCAUCUCAGUCAAAAAUUUCACCCGCGACAAUACCGCCACAUUUACCAACUGUUCAAGCAUUACCAUCACCAUCACUUCUAGCCACAUGGCAAUGGCUCAGAGGUUGUAUUUUCAAUUCUUUUAUUUUCAAAUAG